UGUGGUCACCACGUCUACGUUGUCAGUACAUGGAGUGGGAGUCGUGCAGCGUGCAGCAUGUUGUAUCACCUGUUGCUGCAGACAGUAAACACACAACAGUCAGCAGGUGUGUCACCCGGUCAGCCUGACUUUCUGGACUAUAAUUUUAGCGAUAAGAAAGAAGUGGAGAAGGCCGUCAACCACUUGUCAUCAGUGGCGACAAGCGGGUCCACCUACGUCAUCGCCGAUGAAGCGGGUCCGGUCCACAAGAAAGACUUUGGGACUUUCUGUGAGAAGCUUCUGACACGGGUUCAAAAUCUAUAUCUGUGGGCGGCAAGUUGUUUUCAUGGACACGCACCGGCCGGCUGGCAAGUGGAAUAUUUAACCAGACCUCUCCGCUCUCCACCGGCCGUCGUCAGGGUUGUCAAGAAAGACAACAUUAUUCAGAAAGGACAGUCUGUCAAAAAGUACAGUAAGCGAGGUGUGCCCGACCACACAGACGGCCCGCCUGUCAAACAACUGUAUCACCGAGGUCAGGGUCACUCAAGUUACUGGCUAGUUGACUGUGUGACGUGCGGUCGUGAGGUGGCCAGCUUCCUACACAGUCUCCGUGUUGGUGUUACGGAGAAUGUUCACACAAUACCUACGACCAUCGCCUCCACCAGCAACAGAACAACACCGCCGUGCCUGCAGUGGAGAGACGUGCUGAUGCUGAUUGAAACAUAUCAUUUUUCUACAAUUAAUGACGAGUUUGCUAUUGUGAAGGCACUAAGAGAAGCGGGUAUCCCAGUGCGGGUGAUGAAGGAUGAGGACAUCGAGGACGUGGCCACGGCCCGCAGUGACGUGGUGUGGGUUGCAGAGGAUAAACGUGUUCGUGGUCUGGAGAGAAAAGUCGUCGUCUGUGUGCGAGAGCGUCCUCGACCCAUUUCCGCAACAGAAACUAACUGUCUUCACUCGGUGUCCCGCUGUACGUCACAACUUGUGAUUGUCAGCUACAAAUAACCGUACUAGUGCAGAUGACACACACACACCUGCCACGUGUUGUAGUCUUGUGUCUAUCUCUCUUACAUCAACACACGUCGUUUUCAUGUUUUCUAGUCUUUGUUCACUCCAUCAAAAGAUUGCUGAAACAUAAAGUGUAUAUUUCUUUUGUGACAAGACCGCAUGCUCUCAUAAAAAACUGUUCUUCAUAAACGUUGUCACGGACCAGUUUGCGCCUCCGUGUGUUUCAUAUUAUUUUAACUCCUUUGCGACUUACGGACUUCAAGUGUAUGUAAAAUGUACGAAACAAUAGAUGAGAACAUUAGAUAGAAAGGGUUAACCGAACAGGAUGUAUUUGGCGAACCCGGUUUACCAGUAGGUUUUUUGCGGGAACGAGGUAGAAAAUUUACUCAGGCCCGGAAUACAGAAGGAAGAAGACGAGCCUGAGUCCGGAGUGUAAAUGUCCCGAGUUGAGAUUAGAGAGUAGAGCAGGGGAGUGGUCAUCCACGCUGGGUGCGGUGCGGUGCUGUCCCUUGUGGAUUAACCUCGCCUAGACGAGGUAUGACAUAUUUUUGUGUUAUUGCUUGUGGAACUGUAAUAGAACUCACGGAUGUUUCAAAGUUGUGAACACGAACAUAUGAGAGAAAGAUGUGUGAACUGGACAAUAUAGUUUAGAAUACUAGUACAGCGUAACCUCGAGUUACAGGUUUUAAUUGUAUGGACUGAAAGAACUGGAACCCUUCUGGAUAAGGAAGAAUCGCCUCCCAGGACCAUUCCGUGAUCGCCUUCGCUGCAGCACCCAGCAGCACGUGGACUAGGAGGCCCGUGACGUCACCGUGGAGUACCUGCUGUGACCCCGGACACCUGACGUCACGGCCAGUGUGUAUGACCUGCUGUGUCGUAAAUCGCCGGGCGACCAAAGAAUUCUUACCUCCACCCCAACCCUUGGGGAAGGAUCAACCGUUUCCACAAGAAGGGUAUUCGUGUUAUUGGAUUCUAGUUGGCUGUAGAGGGCGCCACGAUAAGAUAACGGGACGAUAAACUAAGUAACGUACACGAUGACUGCUAAAGCGGUGAUAAGACAGGUAAUUGGACCGGAACAUCAGAACUGGAACUUUGGGACUAAACAGUAGGAGAGAGUGCGAGCAAUAUAUAUUAAUGCUUUGCUUGUAAGCUGUGACCAUGUCGAGAUUGAUUGGGGGAGUGCCCCGGAUGUAAACACUGCGCCUAUUGUUAGAUGUUUGUUGCCUUUAGAACACUCUGUUGAUCCCAGUUGUUUACAAACAAGUAUUUGUGUUGUAGUCUGUACGUCAUGAGGCACUCGAUAACGAAGUGAGCAUGAUGUGGGCAGCUCGACAUGUUUAGACCUGAUCCUUCUGUGUUUCACAACUAGUGUCUGCAUGAAUAACACACGGAGUCGUGUUGACUCAAUCGAGGGAUGAACACAAGACGAGGGAGUCAAUGGCAUCACACUGUAUCACAGUCUGAAAUAAAUUGUCCUGAUGGAAGUA